CAUCCACCGCCUCAACGAUGCUGCUGCGUCCUCUCGCCGCUCUUGCGCGCACCGCACCGCGCUGCGCGCGUCGCUACUCCACCGACCGGCCGCUCGUGACGCUUACCCGUCUGUCCGACUCGCCGCUCGCCGCCGCAUCGCGCCAGGCAGUCUCGCCGGCGCCGGGCGCGCCCGACGCCCGUGCCGCCGCCUACGAGCCCGAGCUCGACGGCGGCAUCUCGCUGCUCACGCUCGACCGCGCGCCGGCACGCAAUGCGAUCAGCAUGCAGCUGCUGGCCGAGCUGGAGGAGUGUGUUGAGGCGGCUCGCGGCGAUGGCACUCGCGUCCUCGUCAUCCGCUCGCUCGUGCCCUCGACUUUCUGCGCCGGUGCAGACCUGCGCGAGCGCAAGGGCAUGACGCCCGCCCAGGUCGACACAUUCCUCCUCGCGCUGCGGCGCACGCUCAGCAGCAUUGAGCGUCUGCCUUUCCCGUGCCUUGCCGCACUGGACGGUACGGCGCUCGGCGGCGGCCUCGAGCUGGCUCUUUGUGCGGACGUGCGCAUCGCCGGCCCCGGUGCGCGCCUGGGCUUGACAGAGACAAGGCUGGGCAUCAUCCCGGGUGCUGGUGGCACCCACCGUCUCACUCGUCUCGUGGGUCCAGCACGCGCCAAGGACCUCAUCUUCUCCGCACGCAUCCUCGAUGGCCAGACGGCGCAUGCGCUCGGCGUCGUGGAGCACUACGCGCCGGCCUACAACGGCGGCGAGGGCGGCGACGAGGCGCUGAUGGCGGCUGUUGCGUCUGCGCGGCAGAUGGCGGGCAACGGGCCGCUGGCGCUCAAGGCUGCCAAGCUGGCCAUCGACCGAGGCGAGGGCAUGGACACGUGCGUCAUGUGCCUUCCCUUUUGUGGCCAGCAUCGGCUGACCUCUGACUUCUGCAGCGAGACGGCGCUGGACUGGGAGCGCGCUUGCUACGACCGCCUCAUGGGCACGCAGGACCGCCUCGAGGGCCUGCGCGCCUUUGCAGAGAAGCGGCGGCCACGCUACACGGGCGAGUAGGUGCAGCUGCUUGCUUGCAAUUGAAGCAUGCGCAGUGCAGUCG